UCAAUAUCAAAUGAGCCUAUAGUUUUUUUUAUGGCAUGUAAAAAGUUCUACAGUCCCAAACUCCUAUUAACUUUUGGUUUAUUUUGAAUGCAGUAUCUCAUUUCAUUUAAAUGACCUCAUGGUAUCUGUUGACAGACAUGCAAACCAGUAAUUAUGAAUCCAUACAGUGUAAAUAUAAAACGUUUCCAUAACGUUCUCAAUUUUCUGAACUUAUGACAAGAACCAGUAUGAUUUAUGUAGUAGUAUCCAUUUUUAUGUUUGUGGUACAAAUGAGUGUUGUUGAUCCUAGAGGCUCGUGUGAGAACCAGAUUUUUGACAACAUGAUUGACAAAAUAGUGACCAUGCAAUGUAGAGAUGACAAUACGGGAAAAGAUAGACCAGCAUUUACAGUGAGUCUUACAACAAAGGAGCCGACAAUAACAGGAAAAGUACCUAUCAAGUUUAACCAUGUAAUCCUAAAUUGUGGAGGUGGAUAUGAUCCCAGUACAGGAUACUUCACAGUACCACAGACAGGACUCUAUCAUAUCUCAGCUACAAUCAUGUCUAGAAAUGGGGCUACUUUUCAUGCCAGUCUUGACAAAAAUGGUCAGGAUAUAGUGUUGAUGUAUGGAACAAAAAUAAAUGGAGACAAUGAGAGUACAAACAUUGUUCUAGAACUAACCAAGGGUGACAAAGUUUGUGUGAAACAUUACAUGUCAAGGUCAGAGGUUAUUCAUGGAUAUGGCUACUGCUACUUUUCAGGAUACUACAUAUCAAAAUAGAAUUAUUUCAUGUAAAGAAUAAAAAGCAAAAUAGA